AUGAUCUCCUUAAUCCCUUUUUUGAUAUUAAGUUUAGAUUGUUCUUAUUCAUUUAUAGUGGAAUUGAGUUAAGAUUAUUAAUUUCAAAUUGAAUAGUUAAACCUUUAAAAUCAAGACUUUGGUUUGAAUUAAUAUUUUACUUAUGGUUUGUGGAGUAAAUAUAUACCAUUAGGAUAGAUAAGUUAAAUUGGAAGAAUUGGUAUAUUUGAUAGUAAUUGUUUUCAUCUACAUAAUGCUGCUGAUUCUUAAACAAUGAAAGUAGAUUUGAUUUACUUUGACUGUCUAGAUUCUGAAUUAAUGUAAAUCACUAAAGGAAUUUAAUUUUAUGAUAAUUUCGGAAAUUUUCAUAGUUACAAUAUUACAUUAGAUUAAUGGGAAUAUGAGAGUCAUUGGUAUUACUUUUAGAUUGCCUAAUAACCAGUUUAAUAAAGAUUCGAAUUACAUUUUAUUUAUUAUCCUGACAUAAUCUUUUCAAAAAUUUUAAAUAUUAAAUAUCCUUACAGGAGUGUAAAUCCAUACCUUACUUUUGGAGGUGGAUUAAUUCUAAAUAUUAAUAAUGAUUUCUUUGAGAAUAUUUAAGGUAGAAAACAAUUAUCUUACUUUCCAGGAAAAUUAUACUAUGAUUAUCUAUUUGUUGAUUUCAAAUAAAUAGAUAGAGAUGAAUUAAAAACAUCAAUAGAUACAUUUUAGGAUCUUUAUAAAUGUCAUUGUUAAACAAAUUUGAAUAUGAAGGUCUAAAAUGACAUUCUUAAUUGGCUUGAUAAUAAAUUAUUUACAUCUGAAAAUGCUAAUUGUGAAUCUUUUGGAUUGUCAGGAUGGCUAAGAAUUUUAGAAAUCCACUAAAUAAAUGAUAAUUUUGAUUAUAAAUUUAUUAAAAUGAAUAAGUUUAGUUAGAACUAAAAGUUAAAUGAUGAUAAUUUAUCUGCUUUUUAACUAUUGUAUAGAUUAUCGGAUUAAAAAUUUAAGAUAGUAAUAAUGACUUAUAGUUACAAUUUUCCUAGUGUUAAUAUUGAUUUUUCAAAAAACCCUUUUGUAAUUAAAAAGGAAAUAGAAAUUUUAAACGAAAUUUACUUUUGGCAUUAUUUAUAAGUUACAUUAAAUAAUAAUAAUCUUUAAAUUACAAUUACUUUUUAUGAAGGAGAAAAUUAAUUUAUAUAUCAAGCUUCAAUAAAUGUAUAUCAUUUUAAUGAAGUAUAAUUUUAAAUUCAUUAUGGAAAUAUAAAUUAAUAAUCUGAAAAUUAUUUAAAUGUUAAAAUUGAAAAUUUCCUAUUUUACAAUUGUGAUAAUUAAUUAUUAGAUAAAAGUUGUCAUCCAAGUUGUGAAAAAUGUGAUGGUCCAACAAAUUCUGAUUGUUUAUCUUGUUCUUAAGAUUCAAAUAGAAUUUACAUUCCAUAACAUAAAGCCUGUGUUUGUCAUUAUAAUGCAAUCGAUUAAGACUUUUGUUAUUAAAAAGAACAUUUUAAUUUUAAAAUUUAAAAAUAAUAGUAAAAAACAGAUUCAUAAAACAUUUGCCAAUAUGGAUAUUUUAAUUUAAAUUCAUAGAUUUGUAUUAAAUGGUAAUUCAAUAUUUCUAUAUAUUAUUAGCCCUUCAAUAAUUAAAACUAAUCAUAUUACUUGUUUAGAGUGUAUAUAGAAUCCUAUUAAUUGGAAAAAUGAUCCAUACUGUUAAACAAUAUUGUAUAUUAUAGGAGAUAAUACAUUUAAUACAUCUAUUGAUGAAAAAAAGUCUUAUUAUAUUUUAGUAGAUGAUGAAGUAUAAAUAUGCUCAGAAUGUACACAAGGUAAUUUUAAUGAUGAUUUAUAAAUGUAUCAAGAUUUUUCAAGUUCUAUUUAACUUAAAAAAGAAUUUUGUUAGAAAAAUUAUUCAAUACAUUAAAUUGGUUUUUAAAAUUAAUUAUGCUAUAAUUGUUAAAUAAGUCUGUGUAGAGUUUGCGUGAUUUAAAUUGAUGGAAAUAAAUGUCUUGCUUGCGAUUAUGGAACAUCAUUAAAAGAUGGAAUAUGUUUGCCUGUAAAAGUUGGUUAGGAAAACAAUCUAAAAGAUUGUGUUUCACCAUUUUAUAGAGCAUCAAAUAAAUAAUGUAAAAUUUGUACUAUUAAAUAUUGCAAAUUUUGUUUUGAGUAUGAAAGUAAUGAUUUAUCAAAAUCAACUUUGUAUAAAGACUAUGAAGAAUUUAAUUAAGAUGAGAAUCAUAAAAUUGGAUGUGCACUUUGUGAAGAGAACUUUAUAUUUGAUUUCAGAAAAGGAUUUUGUAUACAUUAAAAAUCUAUGAUUUAGUAUUGUUAAAGAUCUUUUAUAAAUUAAUUAGGAGAAGAAAUUUGUACUUUAUCCUAGAUUGAUGAUUUUAGAAUAGCACCUGAAAUUAUUAAUUGUUAAAAAUACAUCACAAAUUGUUUAUAAUGUGUAUUAUCACCAUAAUAAAUCAUUAAAUGUGUAAUUUGUUAAGAUGGUUAUAAAAAUUCAGUAAAAACAGGUCAUUGUUAUCUUAGUUCAAUUCCCCAUUGUAAAACAUGUAGUGAAGGAAUUACAAAUCCUUUUGAUGCUUGGGUUCAAUUGAUAUAAAGUUUUUUAAUGUAAUUUUUACCUAAUCAAUAUUAUUACUAUGUUUAAGAUAUAACAACAAGAUAAAUAGAAAUAACUAUUGAAUGUAUGGAAGGAUUUAGAUUAACAUCGAAUUUAUGUUUCAAAACUUGUUAAUCAGAUUGUCUAUCCUGUUAAGAUUCUUUAGAUGAAUUCACAAGUAUUGAAUGCAUGAAAUGUCCUUUAAAUUAUUAUAGGUAACCUAAUCGAUCAAAAGAUAAAGGAAUUUGUUUACUCUGUCCAUAAUUAUGUUAAAUUUGUUAAUUAAGAUCCAAAGAAGAAAUUUAAGUAAAUAUAUUAUUUAAAUUUAAGAUGGUUAAUCCAGAAUUUAUAAUUAAUUAAAACAAUGCUCAUUUUUCUUACAAAUGUUUAUAACCAGUUUUUGAUCCAAAUAUCAAGAUUAAUUCGCAGUCGUAAAUUGCAAAAUACUGUUUUACCAAUUAAUGUGAAGAUCAAUUUUAAUAUGAAGUACAAAUAUUGUUAUUUUAAGUAUUUGGUGGAUUGUCUUAACCUACAUUAGGGAUUAAUAUAUGGAACAGCAUCAUAUUAUUAAUAAAAUAUUAACAAGACUUAUCUUAAUAAUAUGGGAAUAGAAAUUAUAUAAAUCAUUUUCAACUUUACUAUGUUAGGUUUUGAAACUAAUUGUUUUUAUCUAGGCCCUAUAAAAAUAGACAAUAAUUUAAAAGAAGAAGUUUUUUCUCUAUAAAUUGUUAAAAUCAAAAUUAUGGGACUAGAUUAAUUUAAUACGAAAAUUUAUGAUAAUCUUAUUAUUAAUAAUUUUUAUGUAGUUGAAAUAACAUAGAUUUAGUUUUAAGUAGAUUUGCCAUUUUAUAUUAAUUUAAAUUCCAAAUCAGUUACUUUAAUUAUUGAAGAAACUAUAUUUGAGGGGAAAAUAGGUUCUAUUUAAUCUCAAUUUUAAAUAAUCGGAUAACUUUAUUCAGAUUUCAUUUUGAAAAAUGUUACAUUUUAAAAUUUGUUAAUAAUCGAAUCAUAUAUGUUUAAUAUAAAAUACAAUAAUACCAGAGGAACAGUUUUAAUUGAAAACCUAUUAUUUAUUAACUGUACUUUCACUAAUUCAUCAUUUAUUUACUUUACUGGAAAUCCAGAUAAAAUAAUUCUAAUUAACUUAUAGUUCAUUAAUUGUUAAUUUUACAAUUCUUUAAACUUUAUUUUUUUUGAUAAUGUUUUGGGAAACUAUCUUAUUAAUCUUCAACAAUUUUUAGUAAGUGCAAGUACUUUUAAAUAAUCAAUUUUAAUAAAUUAUCCUUAUGAUUCUGAACUAGUUAUUCAAGAUUUAGAUAUUUUUAAUAAUUCUUUUAUAUUCUCUACUUUCAUAAUUUGUAAUUCUAAGGCAAUUUAUAACAAUUUAGCUUUCAGGUUUAACUAUUUAACAGAAUCAUUUUUUUUAAUUUCCAAUUAAGUGAAUCAAACAGAUGAUAUUAAUAUAGAUUUUUAGAACAUUGAAAUUUAUAACAAUUCCAUCAAAAAUUCUUCAAUUAUAAAAUUAACAUCUAAUUUACUUACAAAUUCUUAUAACAUAACUUUAUCAAAUAUAACAAUUUUAGAUAAUUAAAAUUAACUUUAAAGCGAUCAAAAGUAUUAUUUAUUUUAUAUUCAUGCUUAAGCGUUAAGAGUAAGCUCAGUUAUUAUUAAAGAUUGCCCAAAUCACAAUUUUUUCUAUUUAUUCUAAAUCAAUGAUAUUAUUAUUCAAGAUAUUUUAUUUACUAACAGUAGAUUAAAAUCAAAAGUACCUUUGAGUUUAUCAUGUUUAGAUUCGAUUAAGUAGAAUUAACAACUCUUAAAAAUAUAAGGUUUUCAAAAAUUAAAAUUAAUUAAUCUCUCAGCUCUAAACCAUUUUAAUAUUGAUUAGGCUUUGAUAUAAAUAUUUUCUAAUAUGAUAUAAUAAUCUGAUGUUUCUGAAUCAAUAAAUAUAUAAAAUUUAACAUUUUAGAAAAAUAUCCUUUUAAAAAAAGAAAUUGAAAACCUUCUAUCAUUGAUAGCAAUUUAUUCUGAAUAAACAUAGAUAAUUCAAAUUUCUAAUAUAAAAUUUAUUGAGAAUAUAUAUAAUCAAUAUUCUGAUGAUUUGUCAUCAUCCUCAUCAAGUUUGUUCUAUAUUAAUUCCUAAUUUAGUUAAGUUAUACUUUAUGAUUGUUUCUUUUACAACAAUAUGCUGACAAAUUCUUUUAAUUCAUUUGCUUCAAUUUAAUCAAAUAAUACUUUUAUAUAAAACUUUACAGCAAAAAAUCUUAAUAUUAUAACUUAAGAUGUUUUCAAAUCAUAUUACAAAAUAGAGUUUUUGGAAAAGUUUACAUAAGAUGAAAUUUUGCUAAUAAUAAAAUCAUAUUUGAAAAUAAGAAAUAAAAGAGGAGUUUUACAAAUUACUGCUUCGAGUUUCUCGAUUCAAGAUAGCAAUUUUGAAAACGUUUUAGCAUAAAGUAGUGCUAUAUUUGAAAUAACUACAAAAUCAGUAGGAGUAGUUAGUAUCAAAUAAAUAACCUUAAAAAAUAUCUAAGUUGACUUUACUUAAAAUUUAGAUAUAUAUGGUAGCAUUUGUAUAUUCUCUGAGAAUAGCUAAUUGUAAUUUGAAUUAAGUGAUGUUAAUUUUAUAGAUGUUUAUAAUAAAUUUGGUUCUUCAAGUUUAACUCUUUUUCCUUCUAUGAAGUAAAAUAUCCUAGUUUUUAAAAAUAUUUAUCUUGAAAACAGCCUCUCUUUAAUGAAUUCAUUCACAAAACUUGAGUUUUAAUAAUAAGAAAUUAAUUUCAAUUCUAUUAUAAUUUAAAAUAUGACUGUUAUAUAAACUUUAGAGGCAUGGAUCAAUUAUUUUACAUUUGCUGGAACCUUAAGCAUAAUUGAAAUGCUUAAAAUACUUUAUGAUAAUGCUAUAAUAAAUAUUUUUGGUUGUCCUGUUAAAAUUAUAGGUUUAAAUGUCUAAGGAGUACUUUUUUCUUCAGUUUUAAAGGUUAUUGAUGCCUAAUAAUUUUAUUUGGCUGAAACGUAUUUUAAUUCUAUUUCAACUUUUCUCUCUAUUAAUAUGAUAUAUAUAGGAUAGGAUAGACUAAAAAAAUAUUAGUUAUUUAUUUAUUAGAUUGAAUUUGACUCAUAUUCUUAAUUUGAAUCAAUUUAAAAAUAAAUUAUUCUUACAAAUUUAAUUCCUUUAAAUAAGUAGUUUUCACAAUGUUCACUAACAAUUAAAAAAUCUCAUUUUAUUUAAUAAAAUCUCAGUUUAAAUUCAAUUCUAAAGCAAUUAAAUUUAAAUUUAUAAUAAUCAAAUACUGGAUCUAUGAUCUUCAUUUAAAGCUAGACGAAUUAAACUAAACUUCUAUUAAAUUCUUUGAUAAUAAAGAAUAAUAAUUUUUUAAAUUGCGGCCUGGGGGUUAUUUAUUUUGAAAUAUAGAAUUUUAAUCAAAUCAAAAUGAAUAACAUUUUAUGUUAUUUGAAUAAGAUUUUAAAAAAUGGUUGUAUUACUUUUAUAUCUAAUUCCACUUUAUAAACUUCUAUAAUUAUUUAAAACUCUUAAUUUAUUAGAAAUACUGGUACUUAAGGUUCAGGGAUUAUUUCAUAAAAUAUCAAUAUAAAAAUAUUAAAUUGCAUUUUUCUUAAAAAUAAUGCUUCCUUGAUGGGAGGGGCAAUUUAUAUAGGAUCAAACUCAAAUUAAGUUUAGUUCUUGAAAACAAUAAUAAUGGAAAAUGAGGCAAAAAUUGCAGGUGGAAUUUAUUUGAAUGGAAAUAGUAGCUUGAAUCAAAACAAUUUCAAUAAAUCUAUUUUAUAACUUAAUAAGGCCUAUAAAAAUAGCAAUAAUUUAUUUGAAAUACCAAAUCAUUUAGGAUUAUAAAUAAAUGAUUAAGAAAUGAGCUUUUCUGAAUCUUUAAACUAAGGAAUUAUAACAAGUACUCUAAAACUAAACUCUUAUCAAACAAUUUAAUAAGGCAAAAGUUUAAUAACAAAUUAUUUGAUGAUACCAAGUAAUCAAUAAAUUGGAAAUUAUGGUUUAUUUAAGAUAUAAGAAAUGGACUAUUUUGUAUAAAUUAAAAAUAUUUCCCUUUCAUUUAGAAAUAGUAUGAAUGAACUAUUAAAUAAUGUUGAAGAUUAUAUUUGUGAAUUAAGCUAAACUAUUGUGUCUUAAGAUGAAAUAAUUUCUAAAGAAGAAAAAUUUUUGUAAAUCUUAUACCUUAAUAAUCAAAGCUAAAAAUUUGAUUUUGGAACCUAAAUAUUCCAAAUAGACCCAUAUUUAGAUUAUAAUAAAUAAUUACAAAUAUAAAUUGAUUGUAUUUUUCGAUCUAGCUAUAAACAAUUAAGAUACAUAAUUUAUGCUAAAAGUUAUUUAUGUCAAUUAGGAGAAUAUUAUGUUGAAAAAGGUUGUUAAAAGUGUUAAUCAAUUUAAGGAUAUUAUUCUGUAAUUUAUAAUGCAACCAAAUGCUCAAUUUUCGAUAAUGUAAAAUUUUAAAAUAUUACAUCUAAUUUAAUUAGCUUAAAUCCUGGUUAUUGGAGGCCAGAUUAUUUUUCUGAUUAAACAGAACAAUGUUUUAAAAAUUAAAUAUUUUGUUAGGGAGGUUGGGAAGUUGGAGAUUAAUUAUGUCUUAAAGGUCAUAUUGGUGGAUUAUGUGAAGAAUGUGAUAUUUAUAAUAUUAGAGGAUUUGGAGAGCAUUAUAAAAGUCUUACAAAUAAUCAAUGUGAAAUAUGUCCAAAAUUAUCAAUUAAUCUUAUACUUUUUAUAUUUGUUACUUUAUGGUAUAAAAUUAAAAUCCUAUCUAGGUCAUUUCUUUCAAUUUUUUUAUCAGUGAGAAGUAUUGAAAAAACGAACUUAUUAUACUCUUCUUUGAGUUUAAAAUAAAAAUUUAGAGGAAUUAUUUUCAAACUUAAUUAAGGUAUCUUUUUAAUUAUUAAUACUUAGAUCAUUAAAGUUUCUUAAUUAAAAUGCUACUUAAUUAUUUAUGGUUAUUUUCUCUUAUUUACAGCUUCAACAUUAAUUUUUCUUUUUCAAACACAUUUUUCGAAUCAGCAAGCAAUUCUUCUUUUGUCUUAGCUUAUAGUUUAGAUUGCUAUUUAUCUUCACAAAUAAAUACAAAUAUUGUAUACUCAAGAAUAAUCACUAUGAUAAUUAUAAUACUCUUUUUAUUCAUAUUCUUUGUACUAGCUAAUAAACUUUAUUCCAUAUUCAAAAAACUUAAAUUUAGAAUGAGUGUAGUAACUAACACCAUUCUAUAUUUAUAUCUCUCGAAUAAUUCAACUUUAAUCAAAAAGUAUAUUGUAAUAAUUAAGUUAGCUUUUGUUCAUUAUUAGCUAUAAGAAAAAUUUCAAAUAUUGAUUUUAUUUAAGGAAAUGUAUCAUUACUAUUCAAUACUUAAACCCAUUUUAAAUGGAUUAUCGGAUUUAUACUUCCAGGUUUAAUUUUUGUUGGUGCAGCUAUUCCAGUGUUUUUGCUUAUGUUAAUGUAUUUUAGAAAGGAAAAACUUUAAAAAAUAUAAUUUAGGAGACAUAUUUGUUAUUUAUUUAAUGAAUAUAACCAAAAUACAUAUUUUUGGGAAUAAAUUAAAAUUUGGAAGAAGACUUUAGUAAUUUUUAUAAUGAUUUAUUUUGAAACGAAUAUCUUAUUAAAAGCUUCUUUGUUAGGAUUAUGCUUAUUAUUAUAUUAAUCAUUGGCUUUAAAAUAUAGACCAUUUAUUUUAAAUAGUUUAAAUGUUUUGGAUAUUUCAACCAGUUAAUUAUGUUCAAUAUCAAUAUUUUUAGCUGCAGUAUAGUAUGUAAGUGAUUAACAAAAUCAUGCUAUUUCUUUCAUUAUAUAAGUAAUUUUAAUUUUGUUAUGGAUUAAACUUUGUAAACCUUUUAUUUUAAAAAUACUUAGCAUAUAUUAUAAAAAAUAUAGAAUUAUGUUUUUAAGUAAGAUCUAAAAUCUUGUUAAGAAAAUUAAAUAAAAUUCUUGUUUGGUUUUAAUUUUGAAUAAGUAAAUUAUAAAAUGGAAAACAAAGGAGAAAUCAAUAAAAUAAAAUUAUGGUAAAUUAAAGAUGUAUCUAAUUUGUUUUUCUAAAUUAUCGCUUGAAUCACACAAGUAAUUAUUAAAUUCUAUUUAGGAAUAUGAAUUCACAAUUACUUCCAUUACAAACAUUGAGAAGUAGGAUAUCCUACCGUGAAAAUGACACAAAAUAAUUGUUUUGA